GUCUCAGGGGCACGUUGCCGCGUCUCCUACCCGCCGGGCCGGGCUGGCGGGAGGCUCGGCACAACCGAGGAUGGUCGCAAUGGGUUUCCAGGAGUCCCGUCACUGCAGUGCGGGCCCACGGGGCCUCUAGCGCUCCGGGUGUGCCCUCAAGCUGGAAGUGACAGGCGUAGACGUCAGAGAGCCGAGGCGGUGGCCACCUUUGGAGCCCGAGAUAGCAUUGGCGAGGGAGGGAGGACCCAGGGCCUCCGGAUAGGGCUGCAAUGGCGAUUCAAGAGAAGAAAAACAGCAAUUCUCUCAGAGUGGACACAUGAGGAGUAAAAGACAACCCCUAUCUCAAAGGAAGGAAUGCUUGCAAAUAACCUGAAACUGAAGAACACAAAUUCCCUUUAAAAAUGUGACUUUUUUUCAGUAGGUCAUGAAAGUGUCUUUUAUGCUACCUGCCCUAUUUCAGAAUCAACUUGUAACUCUAGGCGUUUUGAUCAUGUGUGCUUAGUCACUAGUCGUGUCCGACUCUUUGUGACCCCAUGGACUGUGGCCCGCCAGCUGGUCCAUGGGGAUUCUCCAGGCAAGAAAACUGGAGUGGGUUGCUAUUUCCUUCUCCACUGAUCAUGUGUACAUGGAGGAAAUGCAACGUUAUACAAAUAACAUAAAUGUAAGAGAGACAACCCUGCCUGGGCCCUACCGGAUUGCGUGGACUUUUUUCCCUUGUUGCUACUGCGGGCAACAGCGAGAGAGCCCCAAGUCCGGAGUAGACCCCGAGAUCUCUUACCCUAGUCGGGACCAGUCAGGUGGACCACGCGGGGGUAGGGCUGGGGCCAUGGAGCGAGCGCAACUGUCCACUGUCCACUCAGGAGUCCCUGCCUCCCCGCCCCAACCAAUUGGCCUUUCCGGAAAUCCCGCCUCGAUGUUUUGCUUCCGGUCCCGCCUGCCCCUUCCGGUAGCCAUGCGCCUUGGGGUAGAGGAGACGCUGGGAGCCCUGAACUCGGCCUUGGGGGCUGGCGGCCCAGUGUGGUUCAAGGAGACGCACGCCCGCCACCUGCGUGCCCGAGACUUCUUGGCACCGCGCCGCGCACUGCAGGCGCGCUUUGGGGACGACCAGGUGCCCGAGGGCGUGGUUCACGCCAUCGUUGGUCUACAGGGUCCCGGCGUGGCCCCGGUGCUGCGCUGCGCGCCGACCCCCGCGGGGCUGGCGCUUCAGCUGCAGCGGUCCGCGGUCUUUGAGCGCGUGCUCUGUUCCGUGGCCGCCUAUAUCGAGCCCGCCGCCCUCACCGCCCCUACCCCGCGCGUCGUCCUGCACUGCCCGGCGCUGCGCGGCAGCCCCAGCGCCCUCCGCCUGAGCCAGCUCCGUGCGGUGCUCGUGGCGGACCACCUGGCGCGAGUUCUGCAAGCUCACAGGGUGAGUGUGCGCCGAGUCCCCGCUGUGCGGGACCCGCACAUGCCGACCUUCCUGCGGCAACUGCGGGUGGACUGGCCCGCGGUCUCAGAGAAAGCCUCGACGGAAGCCCUGAGGAGUCGCACGAUUGCAGAGCUCUCCCCGGCCCGUGAUGCUGGGGCCCUGCCCCCUGACACCCUGGGUCGAGUGUGCCUGAAGGAGCUGAUGGAGGAACGGGGACGAACAGCUGGCUAUGACCCCAAUGUGGACAGCUGUCUGGUGUCGGAGGACCUGCUUUCUUUGCUGGCCGAGCUGCAGGAGGCUGUGCAGGCUGGGGCCGAGGACAGCUCCCUAGGCCUGGCUGCGGCCCCAGAUGCUGGUGCAGAUAGCUACAUGGUCCUACACGUAGUGAGCUGUGAGGAGGAGUUCCAGCAACAAAAGUUGGACCUGCUUUGGUGGAAGUUGGAUCAUCAGGCUCCUCUCAGACAGAAGCACCUGGUCUGUGGCCCAGUGAAAGCAGCUGGUGCGCCCAGCACCCUGACUGCCCCCGAGUACUACGAGCUCCGGCAUGCCCAGGUGUGCAAGGCGUCAGCAGUGAAGCAUGGCAGAGACCUAGAACAAGACCCAGCGUGGACGGAAAUCUUCAGCGUUCUCUCUGUGGCGACCAUUAAAUUUGAGAUGCUCAGCACAGCCCCCCAGAGUCAGCUUCUCCUGGCCCUGGCUGACAGCAGCAUUUCCACCAAGGGCAGCAAAAGUGGCACCUUUGUCAUGUAUAAUUGUGCACGUCUUGCCACCCUCUUUGAGGGUUACAAGUGCAGCGUGGAACAAGGUCUGUACCCCACCUUCCCGCCUGUGAGCAGUCUAGACUUCUCCCUGCUGCGUGACGAGGGUGAAUGGUUGCUACUCUUCAACAGCAUCCUCCCCUUCCCAGACCUGCUGAGGCAGACAGCAGCCCUGACCCUGACCUGCACCGCCCCAGGGCUUCACGUCACUGCGCGCACAGAGAUGGUAUGCAAGUUCCUGGUACAGCUCAGCAUGGACUUCAGCUCAUACUAUAACCGGGUACACAUCCUAGGGGUAAGUGCACGGCAGAAGGGCAGGUGGGGGCGGGAGGUACCGGGAAAGCAAAGGAUGAGACCAGCCGCCUCCUCUCCUCCAGGAGCCGCGGCCACACUUGUUCGGUCAGAUGUUUGCCCGUCUGCAGCUUCUGCGGGCCGUGCGAGAAGUGCUCCACACUGGGCUGGCCAUGCUGGGUCUCCCUCCGCUGAGUCACAUUUAAGGCCACAGAGGCCUUAG